UAAACAGUGCGUAGGCAAGUCAGUGUUGGGAUUCAUUCGGAGUGCUUUACACAAUUUUGAAAGUUUACCUCUUUUUUUUUUUCACUAUCAACCGACUGUGAACCUAGUCGUUGCUGCCCGUGCUGGAUAGGCUACACAUCACUAGGAAAACUUCCGCUGCCAGCUGUUCCAACGGAGAGGCGAGUGGGAGAUCCGUGAGUUGCGCUGUAAAAAGCCUUGAGAGCCCGAGGAUAUUCAGGAAAUAAGAACGACUGAAGGAUACAGCAAUACACGAGAUGGCGCUAGCAAGCGAACCAGUUCAGCAGAACCAGGCCCAGAAGGAUGCGGCCGACCAGAACUUUGACUACAUGUUCAAACUGCUGAUCAUUGGGAACAGCAGCGUGGGCAAGACCAGUUUCCUGUUCCGCUACGCGGACGACUCGUUCACCUCCGCCUUCGUCAGCACCGUGGGCAUCGACUUCAAGGUCAAGACCGUGUACCGCAACAACAAGAGGGUCAAGCUGCAGAUUUGGGACACGGCAGGUCAGGAGAGGUAUCGGACCAUCACCACGGCGUACUACCGAGGCGCCAUGGGCUUCCUGCUCAUGUAUGACAUCACCAGCCAGGAGUCCUUCUACGCCGUGCAGGACUGGGCGACCCAGAUCAAGACGUACUCGUGGGACAAUGCCCAGGUGGUCCUGGUGGGGAACAAAUGUGACCUGGAAGACGACCGACUGGUCCCCACGGAAGACGGGCAGAGGCUGGCAGGGGAUCUAGGUUUCCAGUUCUUCGAGACCAGUGCCAAAGACAACAUCAACGUGAAGCAGGUGUUUGACCGCCUGGUAGACGUCAUCUGUGACAAGAUGAACGAGAGCGUGAACGGAGACGCCAGCCCCGUGGCCAAUCACAAGACCCCUAGCCUACAGGACACACCCCCGGAAAGCCAGGGCGGCUGCUCCUGCUGAUAACGCCUUAAACUCACGAAACACAUUCACACACACAUGCCCGCACACACACACACACAAAUACACACCUAUUCUUUUACACGUACUGUAUGCACUCCCACAGGCACACACAGCAAUUGCCCAAAAUAUUUGCAUUGUGAAAGUAUGUUAAAUGAUUGCUGCUACCAUUCGUGCCCACAGCCUGCCUCCCUAACUUCUGCUUCCCCUUCCCUGGAACCAACAGUCACCACUACACACCCAAACAGUCAACUGUUUCAAUACCAGUUGUAAAGAAGGUUCCCUGGACCUUCUCACACAUGUUGUGUGUUGUUCUAGGAAUACUGUACACUGAACCAGCUCACGGUGCCAAUCUGCCCUAUAAGUACAGCGAUAAUGAGUAGAUCUUGGUGACUGGAACGAGCUGGCUCAGUGCGUAGAUACACAUACAUAGAACAAACACAUACUUUUACACCUCUGUCCCGUUGGCCCGUUGACUCUUUUGCACUCCUCUAGUCCUCUCUGAUUGGAAGUUUAACGUACAAAUACACACUGGUAGCAUAAAGGGAGGCUGAAGUCUAGGCUAUCCAUAACCCAAACAUGACCUUUCUGCUGUAUAUCACUGCUUUAGCUGUUCAGCCUUUUGAAUGUUUGCAGG